AUGGGAUCAGUAGCAUCUAUAGGAUAUGAAUCAUUGCCACAAGUGGAAGCUCAAACUAUUCCUUUGCCAGCACAUCCACCCCAUUCAGAGGCGUCUAGAAUGAUGGGAACUGAAGCUAUCAGUGAAACUAUGCUGACCCAGUCCCUGCCACGUUAUUCCUCACCGCCACUCCAGGUCAAAUUGAGUUCCGUUGCCUCUGGAUCUGGCCAUCAACAAUUUCAUCAAGCUACUGGUUCCCAGACAGGGUUUCGACCCAUGUCGUAUGAUUCAUCUACUGAAGAACGCAGUAGAAGCCAGGCAUCCUCUGGGUCCUCUGGGUCGAGAGAGACAUUAUCGUCAGAUACAUAUGAGCAGCUCACUCCAGCCUCUUCCAGCCCAUUCAUUCCAACUGUGGAGACGUCCACUACGUACCAGGGUCCGGGCCAAUAUCUGCAGAAUGUGCCACGAGACCUAAGGUCUUCACAGCAAAUGUCUGCUGCGCCUGCAGUGCCAGUGGAAAUUGACCAGCAAGCGCAAUCUGGAGCUUCGCAGGGCCCACACCUGCAUGCACAACAAGGAGCUUGGCAAGCCCCAUACCUGCAUCCACAACCUGGAGCUUCACAUGGUGGCUACCUGCCGGUCAAACCUGGACCUUCGUAUGGUGGCGACUACCUGCCGGGAAAACCUGGACCUUCGUAUGGUGGCGACUACCUGCCGGGCAAACCUAGACCUUCGUAUGGUGGCGACUACCUGCCGGGCAAACCUGGACCUCCGCAUUGUGGCGACUACCUGCCGGGCAAACCUGGACCUCCGCAUUGUGGCGACUACCUGCCGGGCAAACCUGGACCUCCGCAUUGUGGCGACUACCUGCCUGGCAAACCUGGACCUCCGCAUGGUGGCAGCUACCAGCCGGACAAACCUGGACCUUUGUAUAGUGGUGGCUACCUGCCGGGCAAGCCUGGACAUUCGCAUGGCGGCGUCGGCGGUGGCGGCUACCUCCGGGGCAAACCACCUGGACCUUCGCAUGGCGGCGGCGGCAGCGGCUACCUCCGGGGCAAACCACCUGGACCUUUGCAUGGCGGCGGCGGCAGCGGCUACCUCCGGGGCAAACCUCCUGGACCUUCGCACGGCGGCGGCGGCGGCGGCGGCGGCGGCGGCGGCGGCGGCGGCUACCUCCCGGGCAAACCUCCUGGACCUUCGCAUGGCGGCGGCGGCGGCGGCUACCUGCCGGGCAAACCCACUGGACCUUCGCAUGGCGGCGGCGGCGGCGGCUACCUGUCGGGCAAACCCCCUGGACCUUCGCAUGGCGGCGGCAGCGGCGGCUACCUGUCGGGCAAACCCCCUGGACCUUCGCAUGGCGGCGGCAGCGGCGGCUACCUGUCGGGCAAACCCCCUGGACCUUCGCAUGGCGGCGGCAGCGGCGGCAGCGGCGGCUACCUGUCGGGCAAACCCCCUGGACCUUCGCAUGGCGGCGGCGGCGGCGGCGGCAGCGGCGGCGGCGGCGGCGGCUACCUGUCGGGCAAACCCCCUGGACCUUCGCAUGGCGGCGGCGGCGGCGGCGGCGGCUACGUAUCGGGCAAACCCCCUGGAACUUCGCAUGGCGGCGGCGGCGGCGGCGGCGGCGGCGGCGGCUACCUGUCGGGCAAACCCCCUGGACCUUCGCAUGGCGGCGGCGGCGGCUACCUGUCGGGCAAACCCCCUGGACCUUCGCAUGGCGGCGGCGGCGGCUACCUGUCGGGCAAACCCCCUGGACCUUCGCAUGGCGGUGGCGGCGGCGGCUACCUGUCGGGCAAACCCCCUGGACCUUCGCAUGGCGGUGGCGGCGGCGGCUACCUGUCGGGCAAACCCCCUGGACCUUCGCAUGGCGGCGGCGGCGGCGGCUACCUGCCGGGCAAACCCCCUGGACCUUCGCAUGGCGGUGGCGGCGGCGGCUACCUGUCGGGCAAACCCCCUGGACCUUCGCAUGGCGGCGGCGGCGGCGGCGGCUACCUGUCGGGCAAACCCCCUGGACCUUCGCAUGGCGGCGGCGGCGGCGGCUACCUGCCGGGCAAACCCCCUGGACCUUCGCAUGGCGGCGGCGGCGGCUACCUGCCGGGCAAACCCCCUGGACCUUCGCAUGGCGGCGGCGGCGGCUACCUGCCGGGCAAACCCCCUGGACCUUCGCAUGGCGGCGGCGGCGGCGGCUACCUGCCGGGCAAACCCCCUGGACCUUCGCAUGGCGGCGGCGGCGGCGGCGGCGGCUACCUGCCGGGCAUGCCUCAUGGACAUUCGCAUGGCGGCGGCGGCUACCUGCCGGGCAUGCCUCAUGCACAUUCGCAUGGCGGCGGCGGCUACCUGCCGGGCAUGCCUCAUGCACAUUCGCAUGGCGGCGGCGGCUACCUGCCGGGCAUGCCUCAUGCACAUUCGCAUGGCGGCGGCGGCUACCUCCCGGGCAUACCUCAUGCACAUUCGCAUGGCGGCGGCGGCUACCUGCCGGGCAAACCUCAUGGAUAUUGGCAUGGAGGCGGCGGCUACCUGUCGGGCAAACCUCAUGGACAUUGGCAUGGCGGCGGCGGCUACCUGUCGGGCAAACCUCAUGGACAUUGGCAUGGCGGCGACGGCUACCUGUCGGGCAAACCUCAUGGACAUUGGCAUGGCGGCGACGGCUACCUGUCGGGCAAACCUCAUGGACAUUGGCAUGGCGGCGACGGCUACCUGUCGGGCAAACCUCAUGGACAUUGGCAUGGCGGCGACGGCUACCUGUCGGGCAAACCUCAUGGACAUUGGCAUGGCGGCGGCGGCGGCUACCUGUCGGGCAAACCUCAUGGACAUUGGCAUGGCGGCGGCGGCGGCUACCUGUCGGGCAAACCUCAUGGACAUUGGCAUGGCGGCGGCGGCGGCUACCUGCCGGGCAAACCUCAUGGACAUUGGCAUGAUGGCGGCGGCGGCGGCGGCGGCUACCUGCCGGGCAAACCUCAUGGACAUUGGCAUGGCGGCGGAGGCUACCUGCCGGGCAAACCUCAUGGACAUUGGCAUGGCGGCGGUGCCAGCUACUUGCCGGACAAACCUUAUGGACAUUCACAUGGCGGCGGCGGCUACCUGCCGGGCAAACCUGCUGGACCUCCACUGGGCCAGUAUGCUCCGCCACAAGCUGGACCUCCACUGGGCCCAGAGUGGGCACAGCAUUCCAGCAGAGUUGAGGCAACACAUUUGCACUUGGGAUACAUUGCAGGACAACAUCAAAUAGCGCGCCCCCUCAGUGCUGCACCACUGCGAAUAAGCACAAGGAGAGACGUGGAGGCAACGUAUGGCGUCGGCACACUGGGAAUGGCAGCAGCGUAUCAAAGGUGCACAGAAACCUUGCCACAGGAGCAAGGUCCCAGCACCUACCCUGUCACACAGGAGCAAGUCCCAGGCACAGCUGAUGAAGAAUACUACUCCACACCACAAACCAGGCUCAGUCCAACCUCAGCAACUGGACAAGGCCACCGUGAUGAACACAGUGAGACUGAAGAUCUACCAGCCAUGCUCAGUUCUGAGACAUCUUCAGAUGAAGCAAAAAACUUCCCACCCGGAUCACAGCAGUAUCCAACAUCUUAUCCAGAGGUACUGGAACAGGAUCAAAUGGGUGCACCAUUGCAGUCGCCAGUUGGGCCAACUGCAGAGGACACAUCAGUAUUUCGUGAGAGAUCUAAAUCUUAUGGAAGUCUAUCGUCAGAGGAAACACCCGAAGGAAACACUGCUGGGAAAGUGCAAACAAGACACAGCCGGCAUGGAAGUGGAGAGCUAAUUUGCCCCACACAGCAAACAACUGGUGGGGACAGCUGGCUGUCAAUUGCUGGCCCAUCAAGAAUGGCACAAGAGCAGUUACCAGGAGAAUGUCCAGUGCAAGAGGCACCUGAAUUUUCAGGGUCGGCCUCAGCUAGUCAGACAGCAACUGAAAUGACACUACUACAAGAACAAGAUGUCAGUUCAACAUCCAGCUUCGUCCCAACACCUGGACCAUCUGGUUUAGCACGCAAACGACGAAUAGGAGGAGAGCUGUUUGACUACCAGCAUAAAGUGAGAAAGGAAGCUGAGCGAUCAGACACAGCAAGACACAGCUGGCAUGAAACAAAAAGUAAGGUUUUGCCACAACAGGGUGGAAGUACCAGAGCCAAAGCCAAAGGCAAAAAGAGUGCCACAUCACCACAGCAGGCUGAUACAGAAAGGAGAGGUGAGUAUACAUUGGGCGAACAGUCAGGAGGCAGUCCCUUCACAGCAUCAGAAACUAGUGAAACAGGUGAUGAUGACUCUGAAGAGCAGUAA